CUUCUCUGCGGCAUCCUAGGCCGGAAUCCUAUUCUAAGAGCACAGACCCUCAGGUAUCUACCAUGGUGUUGGAUCCUGAAGAAAAGACGCCAGAUGAUGGCGCUUCUGGGGACCAUGGAGACUCUGCCAGCCUCGGCACCAUCAACCUUGCCUACAGCAGCUCUUCCCUCCCACAAUCCACCGGGGACUCCGAGGAGCCCUUCACCACCUACUUUGAUGAGAAAAUCCCCAUUCCUGAGGAGGAGUACUCUUGUUUUAGCUUUCGUAAACUCUGGGCGUUCACGGGACCUGGCUUUCUUAUGAGCAUUGCCUACCUGGAUCCAGGAAACAUUGAAUCAGAUUUGCAGUCUGGAGCAGUGGCUGGCUUUAAGCUGCUCUGGGUGCUCCUGUUGGCCACCAUCGUGGGGCUGCUGCUCCAGCGCCUUGCAGCGAGACUUGGAGUGGUGACCGGCUUGCAUCUUGCUGAAGUGUGUCACCGUCAGUAUCCCAAGGUCCCAAGGAUCGCCCUGUGGCUGAUGGUGGAGUUGGCAAUCAUUGGUUCCGAUAUGCAGGAAGUCAUUGGCUCAGCCAUUGCUAUCAAUCUCCUGUCUGCAGGAAGGGUUCCCUUGUGGGGUGGAGUCCUCAUCACCAUCGCAGAUACUUUUGUAUUUCUCUUUUUGGACAAAUAUGGCUUGCGGAAGCUGGAAGCAUUUUUUGGCUUUCUCAUCACGAUCAUGGCCCUCACGUUUGGAUAUGAGUAUAUUACAGUGAGACCCAGCCAAAGCCAAGUUCUCAGGGGCAUGUUCGUGCCGUCCUGUUCAGGCUGCCGCACCCCACAAGUGGAGCAGGCGGUGGGCAUCGUGGGAGCUGUGAUCAUGCCGCACAACAUGUACCUGCACUCCGCCCUAGUCAAGUCUAGACAGGUGAACCGGGCCAAUAAGCAGGAAGUGCGGGAAGCCAACAAGUACUUCUUCAUCGAGUCCUGCAUCGCGCUCUUUGUUUCCUUCAUCAUCAAUGUCUUUGUUGUCUCUGUCUUUGCUGAAGCGUUUUUUGAGAAAACCAAUGAGCAGGUGGUUGAUGUCUGCAAAAAUAAUAGUAGUCCCCAUGCUAACCUCUUCCCCAAUGACAACGCUACUCUGGCUGUGGACAUCUACAAAGGGGGUGUGGUGCUAGGAUGCUACUUCGGGCCUGCAGCUCUCUACAUCUGGGCAGUGGGGAUCCUGGCUGCCGGUCAGAGCUCCACCAUGACGGGAACCUACUCGGGCCAGUUCGUCAUGGAGGGAUUCCUGAACCUGAAAUGGUCGCGCUUUGCUCGAGUGAUCCUGACUCGGUCCAUUGCCAUCAUCCCUACCCUGCUUGUUGCUGUCUUCCAGGAUGUGGAGCAUCUAACAGGGAUGAAUGAUUUCCUGAAUGUUCUGCAGAGCUUACAGCUCCCCUUUGCUCUCAUACCCAUCCUCACAUUUACAAGCCUGCGGCCAGUGAUGAGUGAGUUUUCCAAUGGAAUAGGCUGGAGGAUCGCAGGUGGCGUCCUGGUUCUCAUCGUGUGCUCCAUCAACAUGUACUUCGUAGUGGUUUAUGUCCAGGAGUUAGGGCACGUGGCACUGUAUGUGGUGGCUGCAGUGGUUAGCGUGGCUUAUUUGAGCUUUGUGUUCUACUUGGGUUGGCAGUGUUUGAUUGCCUUGGGCCUGUCUUUCCUGGACUGUGGACGCUCGGUAAGCAUCUCUAAAGUCCUGCUGAGCGAAGACACCAGCGGUGGCAAUACUAAGUAAACACUGGGUCAGUCUGUCUGUCUCUGCAGGGAGCCAUCAGAGCCAGUGUGUUUCUAUGGUUUACUGUGUGAACAUAGCCACAGGUAUGUGCUGUUGCACAGACUGCAUUUAGGACUCAACUGUUAGUUGGGAAACACUGUUGUGUGUGUGUAUGUGUGUGUGUGUUAAGGUCUUUGUUUCCUUUUGUUUUUGUGAAAUAGCAUCUUGAUAUUAAAUACUUGGUUGCCUCAAACUCACUAUGUAAGCCUAGGCUGCCCUCAAACUUACAGCACUCCUGGCUCAACCUCCUGAGUGCUGGGAUUCCAGGCACAGCUACCACUCCUGACUUUCAUGUAUGCUUACGAGAUGUUUAGUUUUGGUGGGGGUGGGGGGGGUGGGGUGUCUCACCCUGUAGCAUUAGGCAGAACCUUGAAAAGGUGACCCUUGGGCUGUAUGAAACACUAAGUUCCUAAAUAGCCACCCAAGGGCAGUAGCUUGAUUUUAGUCAAAAGAAGCCCAACCAGACUGAAUUAGUUGCCAUCCAGUUGAAUUACAGAAUUAGAGACAGCUACCUUUGAGUUCAGGAUUUCUGUUUGUUUGGUAUAUUUUGUUUGUUUUUCAAGAGUUUUUUUCUGGCUGUCCUGGAACUCUCUUUGUAGACCAGGCUGGCUUUGAACUCACAGAGAUCCUCCUGCCUCUGCCCCUGCCUCCCAAGUGCUAAGAUUAAAGGCAGGCACCACCACUGCCCUGCUGAGUUCAGGGUUUUUUUUUUUUUAUUUCUACUUUGGAACUUCUCAGUGGAAAGAAAAAAAGUAGGACAUCAGGGUGGGUGGGGACACGGCGGCUCGCCUGCAGACUUUCCUUGCAGAGUGCAGCUUAGCAGGGAGGGCUUGCUUCAUCUUUAGCCCUGAGCUUAGUAACUUUCCUGUUAAUAUCAAGCGUUCCCAAUAGCGUUCAAUCUUGAGUAUACACAGUCCCAGAAUCUUUGCCUUCCUCUUCUGAGAGAGUGCCGCCUGCAGAAGACUGUAGCACUCGUGAACUGACUCUCAUGAGGCUCUGCUCUCAGAGCUAACUGCACUACUCCCGACAGUACCUUCACCAAAUCAUGUCUCUGACACAGCACUGUUUCAUGCCCAAGACAACUCUUAAGGCAAUCAAACUCAGGAGUUCUGGACCAAACCUUGUAAAGUCAGUAGGUGUCACUGGUGGGACCAGGCUGCCACCUCAGAGCCCUAUCCUCGGAGAGGAAGCCUGUUGAGACCAGACUGCGCAGCUCUGGAGUCUUCAGCUUGGGACUGCUGCUCUCCGUUCAGCUAUGUCUGACAUGUCACAUGGGAGACGUGAUUCUGCCACAUCAAAUCCUGUCUGUCUGCUGAAGAGGAGUAAUACAAGAGUGUGUAAUUAUCUUGGUGGCAGCAGGAGCUAGAGUGGCUUCGAAGGAUGUCCUCCUCUUUGACUGUGGCGAGCUGGUCAACAGAAGACCUUAGUUGUCUGGGCCACUGUGGUGUGGCCGCUAGUGCUUCACUCACGGUCAGAUGCUCAGCCUGCACAGAGACUCUAUGAGGCAUAAAAGAUAACCCACUGUGUUCGUUCACCCCAAUUAACCUUAGCCCCACAGCUAGUCCAACAAAACCAGGUAACAGGUCCCUCAUAACCCGUUCUCAACCUGUGGGUGGCCACCAUUCUGCAACCCUAUAUCCAAAAACAUUCGCAUUAUGAUUUAUAACAGUAGCAAGAUUAGUUAGGAAGCAGCAGCAAAAAACUUAGGAUUGAAUAUCAUCACAACAUGAGGAACUGAUUUAAAGGGUCGCAGCGUCAGGAAGGUUGAGAACCCCUGCACUCCAGGGUCCUCCUCACACCUGCCCCUGCCACCAUUGUUCCCCAAACUUAUCAGGCUGGAAGCUGAGCUUUUGAAACUGUCUCUGCAGUGCUCGAGGGCCAGAUUGGCAGCAGAAUUCCUUGCAUAGAUGCUCUAGUGGUGUCUGCAUUUGUACAGGGAUGGGUGGGGCAGACAAGGUGUAUCCAGAGUCACUCUCCUUUCCAUGCAGCCCAGAGCUGCUAGGGCUGCCGCUGGGGCUCGGCAAGGCUCCGCUUCCUGCCCCAGAAUUCUGUUGUUACAUUUGUUUACAAUAAUAGAAGGUUUCAUUGUGUGAUACGGGCAACUAUAAUAUUUUACAGUGUCAAAAGAUUAAAAAUGUUCCCAUUUAUUUGAUUGUGACUUCCAACAGCACUCUGUACAACAACCUGUAAACAUUUCUAGCCCCCCACACCAGUGUGGUGCUGACAUAUUUGUGAGCCAUCUGUAUGUUCUCUGGAUUGAUCCUUGCUCUAAUGUGACCUGAAAUAGUUGUGCCCUCAGUGCACUGGGAGCUGACAGGCUGGGAGUAGCUGCACCUUGUCCUGUGAGACCCUGCCAGGGCGGCAACAAGGAAGCUUGGGUGAACCUUUGACAGCUUGUGAACUUGCUGUGAUUAAACUAAAACUUUCCUCUU